GAAGAAUCCUUAGAAACUUCUCGUUAGCCAAAACCAUCAUGUCUAGAAGUUACGAUUCUCGUACUACCAUUUUUUCUCCUGAAGGACGUCUAUAUCAAGUAGAAUACGCCUUAGAGGCAAUUAAUCACGCUGGUGUUGCUUUAGGAAUUGUUGCUAAAGAUGGUAUUGUUUUAGCAGCCGAGAAGAAGGUUACCAGUAAAUUGCUUGAGCAAGAGGAAUCAGCUGAGAAGCUUUAUCACAUUGGAGACAACAUGGUUUGUGCUGUAGCUGGUCUUACCGCAGAUGCCAAUAUUUUGAUUAAUUAUGCCAGAAGAGUUGGUCAGCAGUACUUACAAACGUUUAACGAAGAAAUGCCAUGUGAACAGUUAGUUCGACGUGUUUGUGACUUAAAACAAGGAUACACUCAAUACGGUGGUUUACGUCCUUUUGGUGUCUCCUUUUUGUAUGCUGGAUGGGAUCAUAUCCAUGGUUAUCAAUUAUUCCAAUCCAAUCCCUCUGGAAAUUACGGAAACUGGCAAGCAAAUAGUAUUGGAGGUAACAGUACAAGCAUCCAAAGUUUAAUGCGUCAGGAAUAUAAAGAAGAUAUUACUUUAGAAGAGGCCUCUGCAAUGGCUGUUAAGUUCUUGGGUGAAACCCUUGACAACAAUUCGCUUACAGAUGAAAAAAUUGAAUUUGCAACUAUUUCUAAAGAUGAAGAAAAAAAGCGCAUGGUCUGCAAGAUCCUCAGACCGAAGGAAAUCAACGAAGUCCUUACAAAGUAUCAAAGUGAUGCUCAACCUCAAUCUCAACGUGCAUAAGUUGUUUCUUGUUUUAAGCCCUAUAUUCUGUAUUCGCUUAUAAUUUAGUUUAGAGACAAGUGCAUGUCAUGCCUGAUGUCCUUUCUCGUUUACGCCUUUUAGCUAAAUUCCCUUUUUCAUGAAGGUUAUUAAUAACACUCUCCAUACAUCUUUUUCCUCCGUUCUUUUCAACAUUUGGUGACUUGUGGAUUUUUAGAUUUCAUUGGUUCUCAUUCUCAUAAAGUUACGCUAAAUGGAUUUCUUAUAUCUGAAACUGACUCUGUGCAAUGGAUAUCCAUUUUUACAUGAUCUACGUUACCAUUCUCCCUAUAACCAUAGAAAAUUGAAAAUACCAAAAGAGUGAGGAAUUUCGUUUGCUUGUAUUAGAAUGAUUAUCAUG